AUUACUUUGAUGCUGUUUAGAGAUAUGAAGCUUUAUUUUCCAGUAUUAUUUACUUUAGUGGUCUUUUUCUCCACAUAUGUUUACGCGUUACGAGCUGCGCUUAAGCACGCAAUCAAUUCGACCUCAGAGUCGGAACUGGACAUAAGAUUUGGAGAAGAUUUGGAAGGAUCUGCUGUCAAGCGUCUUGGCUCGCCAUAUUUGCAACUUCCCAUUUUCCAGCAUUCUAGAAUCCCUCUUUUGGACAAAGUGCAGUUCACUCCAAAACAUGGGUCAGGCCGUGAACAACUGCCCGAAGAGACGAAAGAAGUCCUCGUCCCGCGCGUCACAGUACGCGCGAGCUCCCGUCGCCGCAGUCGAUCACAACAAGUAAAGGUCGUUUGCCAAAUGAAGAAAAUGAUCGUUAAAGUCAACAAACAGAUUUUAGGACUCGAUGGCUUGGGGUCUGAGCUAAAACUGGGAACAUGUGACAUCAGCAAGACUACAAAGCACUAUCAUGUGUUUAUUUACGACGUGGAUCAGUGUGCCAGUAAAAGACAGUUAAUAAACAAAAGAGUAACAUAUUCCAACAUACUGCGCUACUCUCCGGAGGUGGACCUGUGGCCGAUCCGCCGUGCCAUGCCUUUCUCACUCCCUGUUGAGUGUCACUUUAACAGAUAUCAUUACUCAUACAAAAUUGGUUACAUACCACAAGUCAGGCUUCAGAACCACUUCAAGCCCCUGAGAACAGUGGACAGCGUUGUACUAUCUCCCCGUGAUGAGCUGUGGAGAAGAUUAUCCCCCACAGAAGAGUACACCCUUGGUCACCCUAUGUACUUUCAGGCAGACGGACCCCCUCUUGCUGAGGACAAGAGGCUGUUUGUGGAUUCCUGUUAUGUGACUAUCAGCAAUUCUCGUUUGUCUAUGCCACGAUUUACAGUCAUUGAAAACCAUGGGUGCAUGAUUGAUAGCAUGAGCAGCAGGUGGUCCAGAUUCAUUCAAAGUGGACAAAGGAAUGUUGUGCGGUUCUCAUUGGAUGCUUUUCUUUUCCAUGGGAUGUUGGGAAAGCAUCUUUACAUGCAUUGUGAAAUAUCUGUCGGAAGUUUAGAUCCAACGGCAAGUGGAAAGUCCUGCACUUAUAACCAGUCAACAAAACGAUGGGAAGAAUUAUACAGUUCAAAUGCUGUGUGCCUCUGCUGUGACUCCACGUGUCUGUCUUCUGACCUGUCUGUGUCCAGUAAGGUCAUCACCAGUGAGCCCUGGAUCAUGGAGUCUGAUUUGAACAUAGUUGAGGAAGAGCAAACAACUCCAUUCCUGCCAGAGGAGGUGGGAACAGGCUUUGUUCAAAUAAUAACCACACCGGCAGCUGAGAUUGGACCUCGUCGUUUUGUGCCAGUCUCGGCUGUGGUGGAAGAAGUGGAGGAAGACGACAAAUUUGAGGAGACACGCAGAACCUUUGAGGAGGUAUUUGGAUUGGUUUAAACAAAGAGGACUUAAUAAAGACAUUUUGAUUUAGUUUUCACAGCUUAAUUGCACUUGAAGUGUUAAUAAAUACAUGACAAACUUUUGAAAUUUGC